GCAACAUAGUUGGAAGAGCGCUAUAGCUUCGCCCAUGAGUGACGUGCCCCAGAGAGUUGCUGGGAAAGGGAAUAGGAAAAAGAGAUGAGAUGAAGGGAGGAAGACGGAACGAGAAUCGAGUGAGAGUGGGAGUGCGCCCGGGGGCAUUGAACAAAGGUUGGAGCCGGCAGCACUGGCAUUCAAGAUUCAAACAUGGCAGCGGCUACCAGCGUUGUCGUGCUCGACAGGGGGAAUAAUACCACCUGCACGAUCAAUUUACACGGAGCGACUGUUGUGUCCUGGCGAGUCAAUAAUCAAGAACAGCUGUUCGUUAGCAAGCAGGCAGUCUUCGACGGAAAGAAACCCAUUAGAGGCGGAAUACCAUUUGUCUUUCCACAAUUUGGAGCAUGGACAUUUGGUCCGGGACAUGGUUUCGCGAGGAUAAUUCGAUGGAAUGUGGAGAAAUCGCCUGAACGAUUACCAAGCGGCGAUGUUGAGGCAAUUUUCUCACUAAUGGACAACGAAUUUACACGAUCGAUGUGGAAUUAUCCCUUCAGGUUAACGUAUAGGCUAAUUCUACGAGAAAAGGAAUUGCAUUUUAAUAUUGGCGUCUACAAUCCAAGCAAGGAUCACACAUUUAGCUUUAAUUUGCUGUUGCACACGUAUUUCAAGGUGCCCGAUGUUAGGAGGUGUCAAAUCACUGGUCUUCACGGUUGUACAUUUAUCGAUAAGACGAGAGACAAUCAGGUAUUCCAAGAGGGCCGAGACGUGGUGACUGUUUGCGAAUGGACGGAUAGAAUUUAUCAGAACACACAACCGGAACAUAUAAUUACUAAUGUUGUAUCGGGCAGAAAGAUGCGUGUGCAAAAAUAUAAUUUUCCCGACACUGUCGUUUGGAAUCCAUGGCAGGAGAAGGCAAGGGAUAUUCCUGAUUUCGGUGACGAUGAAUUUCCAAAUAUGAUUUGCGUGGAAAGUGGGCAUGUCAGUAGUCCCGUUAUUCUUUUACCAGGAACGGCUUUCGAGGCCAGUCAAAUUCUACAGGUAAUGUGAGUAGAGGGAGGACCGCCUUCUCACGUUCCGGUAACCGGUGGAUCGAGAUCAUUGCUCACGGUAUCAUCACCGUCAGGAGCAUCGGUUUGGUCAGCAGAUUCCGGAUGGCUCUAUAUGCCACCACCGCCACCACCGCCGUCUCCGUCUUCGCAUUCUCCGCAUUUUCAUGCACAUUGUAUUGCACAAACCUGCACCAUUUGCUCCUUGAAUCUUUAGUUUCGUACAAAAUGAAAAAAAAAUAAUCAAACUGUAGGAAAAUUUUCACAUUCUUUUCCAUUCGUCGUUUUUUUCAAUUUAUCAGAAAUCAUUCCAAAAUUAACGUAAAAUCUUGUUUAUUUAAAAGAAAAAUAUUCUCGAUCUACUUUCAAUAUUAAUUAGUAUUUUUAAAAAUUAUCUAAACAUUUUGUAAUAAUGAUUAAAUAAUUUAAAAAAUCCCGCUUUGUAGGUUCAAUUCCCAAUUUAAAUUCGUUUUUGUCUAUUUUGCAACUAUUGUAAAUAGUUUCUUGGACAACGAGGAAACUAAAAAUAAUAAUAAUUACUAUUAUGAUUCAAUGGACUUUCAAUGUCAAUGAUUUUAACUGUGAUUUAGCUUACAAUUAUAAGAAUAUUAAUGAUUCCCAAGAUUUUACUGCACAAUUUCAUUCCAUUUAAGAUCGAAUUUUUAUUCACUUCCGUCCGGGAAAAAUUAAGUUACAUUUUUUUCGACUUCUUUCUUUUUCUGGAGACGUGGUGUUUUUUUCUGUU